AUGCCUUCUAUCAUUGCUCAGCAAGCAUCUGCUGUUGUAGUCGGGGAUUGCGACAUGGCAGCAGACGGAGACAAUGUAGGACGCUUUGUUGGAGAUGUUGUUGGGAGCGGGGUGGCAUGUUGUGUCAGAGAAACUGAAGGAUUCACCAAAGGGGACUCCGAAGGUGAAAGUGUAGGGAGUACUGUGGGUCUGGGAGUAGGCAUCACUGUUGGUCUCUUGGUCAGGCCUGGAGUUGGAGUUGCCGGAGGUUUCAGAGAAGGAGAGUCAGUAGGUCGAGGUGUCACACCAGGCGCGGGAGCAAUUGAUGGAGCUUUGGUUGCUUGUCAUCUCCAGCAAACAAAACAACAUUGCAAGGCUUUCGUCCAUAGGCACAGCAGCUUCAGGCCAGUCAUGGUACCAGGAAUAGAGCGCUUGCCCCGAAGUCCUGAUGCUUCUACCCGGCAAAGAAAUGGUCGCUGUUUGAAAUCAAUAUUCACGCAUCUGUUUGUGUUCGCCUUGGGGAUGCUAAGCGUCAUCAAUUUCAAUCUACACAAACACAUAGGGUCGCUUGGUGAUAUGAACAGCGAUGGAUCCAGAAAAGGCAAUGGAAGAAAUCUUGCCAAUGGCCGGCAAAAUUUCUUUGGCCAUGGAAAACCACGGUCAUCCUUGUCUUCGAAACAAACGACACUUCCCAACUUCUCAAAGAAGGACUUUGUUUCCAAACCAGCCAAGGCGUCCAAUACAGAGGUAGACGCAAGGCUACAGGUGGAACGACCGUUCAUGGAGAGUGCUUCACGAACAAUUAUAGAUUCCAUUUAUGAUGUCGAACGAAAAUACGUGCCAUCAAACGAGUGCAACGCUUGGGGAGGCACAAAAUUCAUGGAGGAGCUAUCGCAAUCUUCCAAGUGCUUAGUGGAGGGCGGAACAUCUACCAUUGAAUCCUUCCGAAAUGAAGCCAUGGAUGUUUACUUUGCAGAAAACGUUGCGGUGCUUGUAUCGAUGCCAAGUGCCUAUGAAAAUGAAGAUCAGCGAGCACCCAAUUUUUCGCUAGAGGUGGAUGGCCAAUUGGUUCCGAAUCUGAAACAGCGGCUGUCGGGAAAAGAGAAGGAUAGUGUUGUUGCCAAGAUGGGUAAAAAUAUCAAGGAGCGGAAAGGGAUUCCAGAAUGUACAGAAUAUAUUGAGUACCCUGUCAUGCUGAUCGACAGUGGAGUGGAUACAUGGAACUGGUGGUUCUUUCUUCAGAUCAUACUUCACCAUUAUAUAGCCGUGGGUCUAGUGCAACCACAUCUUAUGGGAGACUACCACGAUGAUGCCUUACGGGUCAUGCUCACAUCGAACGACAACGCGUACUCACGUUCCAAUGUUGACGCAUUUGAAUUCAUCUUUUCGGAUCGACGAGGAAGAGAUGCAAGGCAACUGUGGCACAUGGGAGAAGAUGCAAAUUUAGCCAGCACGCAUGGGAACAAAGAACAGAGGUUUUGCUUCCGAAAGCUCUUGUGGGCGCCCGGUGGAGGAGGUGGUGGUGAACUCUUGGUGAAUCACGCCCAUGGGCACAGUAACUGCUUCUCUUCCAUCAUAUACUCUUACGCAGCUUACAUCAAAGCUGCUAUGCAUAUUCCCACGCUACCGCGACCGGAAAAGCCUCGAAUUGUUUGGGUGGGACGAGACACUACAAAGGCUGCGAAUCCAUCCACUUGGCAGCAACGACGUAUCAUUAACAACCAAGACCAAGUCAUAAUGUACCUGCAAAAGAAAUACGAAGCAAAAGGUAUUGAAUUCAUAAUUGCCGACUUUUACGGCAAGAAGAAAGAUACACCCUUUCAGGAACAAGUCCUAUUCGUUUCGAAAGCAAAUAUUAUGAUUGGAAUGCAUGGUGCUGGUCUGAACAUGUUUCACUUUAUGCCCUUCAACUCGGUGGUGGUAGAAAUCCACCAUGGUACACAAGCGCAAAAGAACUCGGCCAACUUUGUGAACCAUAUACGAGAAGGUGCAUAUCUGCCGCUCAAGGCUAUCAUGAAAGCGGGCCGCAAAUUGGACGAGAAGCCAGUCUGGGACAAAUUGGAGCAAGCAAUUCAAAAAUGGCAUGAUCUGGGUAAACAAUAA